GUGGGGUAAAAAUUCGUUUAUCUGGGCAAUAUAGCCACAAGUAUGUGUGUACCAUUAUGGUCUAACCAUAAUCAAUACUUUGAUCCUAUGAAUAUUGUUGUGCAUGCAUCACCUGACCUGUCACUGUGAGAGCUGUGAGUCUAUAGCUGCUUUUGCCAAGCUUUGAGCUUUUCUUUCUACUACUAAACACUUUUCUAAAGUUUUGUGUCAAUGGCUGAGAGGCCGAGUGCUGCCCUACCCCCCACUGGUGUGAGUGGCCUGCUAGAGGCCACCGACACAGCUGUUAUCAAUCUGGAUCGACGACAUGCCGAAAUUGUUGAACACGGAGAAAAACUUGCGAUCAAUAUCCACUCGAAGUUCGAUGAACUCCAUCAAGCUCUGUAUGCUCGUGAGGGGGAGCUUAUGGCCAAGUUGGAAGGCCACACCAAACAACAGGUCAAAAGCCUCUCUGCUCAGCGAAAGGAGGUGGAGAUCCUCCAAACCCAACGCAGCUUUGACCCCAACACCCUAGAGCCUCGUGAGACAACCAACACCUGUUUUGUGCCUUCUGCUCAGCUAGUCAAAGAUUGCAAGAAAUUCGGUAUCGUGUAUUAUGCUGAUAUUCCUCGCAAAGCUAUCACUGAACAAAAAGUAACUGCAUAUUAUCGAUUCAUCUGUCCCCUAAAUUCAGCACCGCCAGAAGCCAAACUUAUUUCCAAAAUAACUAACAAAGCCACAAAAUGUGUUGUGAAGGAACGAGAGAAGGGAGAGUACGAGAUCGAGAUCUCCUACCAGCCAACAGUGGGCGGAGGCAGCGAGCUGAUCGUGAGAGUGGGUGGAGAGGAGGUGGUAGGAAGUCCAUUCCCUGUGGCUCUGAUCGAUAAACUAGGAACUGUUAUCAAUGAUCUCAAUAAACCGUAUGGAGUGGCACUCAACCAAGCUGGGGAGAUAAUUGUGGCUGAAGGAGAUGCUGGUAUUGUCUCGAUAUUUAGCCCCACAGGAGACAAGCUGCGAACAUUAGACACUCGAGGCACAGCGAUGAAGAAUCCUCAAGGUGUGGCAGUGGACGGUGAUGACAAUAUUCUGGUGGUGGAAGGUGGUAAUCAUCGACUGUUGAAGUUCUCACGUGAAGGAGACCUGAUAGCAGCAAUUGGUAGUCAUGGCGAUGGUCCAGGACAGUUUAACGAUCCGAUGGGUGUUUGUGUCAAUAGUGUCAAUGGGAAGGUGUAUGUGGUUGAUUAUGGUGCUCACUGUGUUCACAUCUUUAACUCUGACCUCACCUUCUCGAGCAAGCUCGGCAGUGAAGGCAAUGGUAAUGGACAGUUUAACUCUCCCUGGGACGUUGCAUUCGAUCAUAGUGGUUGUGUGUAUGUGGCUGAUUGUUAUCAUCAUCGAGUGAAAGUCUUUACACCCGAUGGUGGCUAUCUGAGGCAGUUUGGGAAGAGUGGCAGUGGAAAUGGAGAACUUAACUCCCCUAUCAGCAUCUGCGUGGACAGUAAUGAUCUCGUGUAUGUGGGGGAGAAUGGGAGCCAUCGUGUCUCAGUGUUCACGUGUGAGGGAGUGUUUCUCAAGUCAUUUGGAUCAGAGGGAUCUAGACCAGGACAGUUCAGCAGUCCUUAUGGCAUAGUAGUAGACCAGUGUGGUAUGGUGUAUGUGUCUGAUGUUUGGAACAAUAGAGUGCAAAAGUUUAUUUUUGUUAAUUAAAUUUUGUUGAGUUAUUGUAACAUUGGUAAUGAAUAUUGAAAUUGAAA